AUGUUAAUAGGAGAGACCGAAUCAGUCCAGAAGGAGAAUGAGAUUUUUAUUAAGAAGGCUUUAGGUCUCAUCCCAGAUGAAGAUGAAGGAAAAGAUGAACAAGUUGAGGAAGAUAGUUUUGAAAAGCUAAAGGAAAAAGAACUUCCUAAAGGUGUUAAGAUCACAAAUUUUGAAUUGGAUAACAAGUAUAUGUAUGAUGAUCCUAUUGAUACUGAACCAAUAUUCAUUCCUGAUGAUAACACCAGAGACAAGGUUGAUAAUACUAUUGAUAAUAUAGAUGUACUUGAUGUUGAUGUUCAAAUGUUUGAACAACAUGAGAAACAAGAGGAACAAAUAGAGAAGAAAAUUGAAGAAAAGAGCUCUGAUGAGCCACCGAUGAACACACAACCUAUUGAUAGUCAAAUCCCAUCGGUAAGUGUAAAUGUUGUUGACAGUCAAAAAGAAAAGACUGAUGAGGAAGUAUUGGUGAAUGAACAAAAUAUGGAGACACAACCACCACCGGUCAAGGAAACCACUAAAGAAGAGAAGACAGAAGAAGAUAAUACUGAGAAGGAGAAAACAUAG